AAAUAAAUGGAAAAGAGAGAUCUCUGGUGAAGAAGAGGAUGAAGAUGGAGGGGAGCAAGGCAGCAGUGGAGAAAGCGAGCCAGAGCGGAAGAAAGUUAAAUCAAGAAGACCUGCCCAAAGGAGAACAAUGGCCAAAACCAGUGUUAAAAAGUCUCUCAAAAUACAGCGUGGCAAGAAGAGAAAGAAAGCGGACUCAUCUGAAGAUGACGAUGAUGACGAAGAUGAUGAGACCCCCAAGAGACAAACUCGACGAAGAGCAGCCAAAAAUGUCAGUUACAAAGAAGAUGACGAUUUUGAGACAGAUUCUGAUGACCUGAUAGAGAUGACUGGGGAAGGAGCUGAUGAACAGCAAGACAACAGUGAAACUAUUGAGAAAGUCUUGGACAUCAGGCUUGGAAAAAAAGGAGCCACCGGUGCUUCCACCACGGUGUAUGCUACUGAGGCCAAUGGCAACCCAAGCGCGGACUUUGAUCCUGAGAAGGAUGAGGGAGAAGUUCAGUACCUUAUCAAGUGGAAAGGCUGGUCCUACAUCCACAGCACAUGGGAGAGUGAGGAAUCCCUGCAGCAGCAGAAAGUGAAGGGCCUGAAAAAGCUGGAAAACUUCAAGAAAAAGGAGGAGGAGAUCAAGCAAUG